AUGUCUCCUACCUUGCUCAGAAACGUCGACACGGUCGAAAUUGUGAAUAUCCACCGGAAUGACAUGGAAUUCUCCCUUGUGGACAAUAUCUACAAGAAUCUGGACCCACCAGCAGGCAGACAGCGCGCAUUCCCUACCCUCCUACUCUACGACACUAAAGGAUUGAAGCUCUUCGAGGAGAUCACUUACUUGGAUGAAUAUUAUCUUACCAAUACGGAGAUCGAAAUUUUGACAAACCAUGCGAAGAGGAUAGUCGCACGCAUUCCAGAAAAUGCACAGUUGGUGGAGCUUGGCAGUGGAAACCUGCGCAAGAUCGAGAUUCUACUUCGAGAAUGUGAACGGAUCGAAAAGAAAGUAGAUUACUAUGCUUUGGACCUUUCAUUGGGGGAGUUAGAGCGAACAUUCUCUGAAAUCUCACCUGAGAGCUUCAUCCAUGUAGGAUUCCAUGGUCUCCAUGGAACGUACGAUGAUGCUGUCGGCUGGCUGAAAAGCCCAGAAAAUCGGAAGCGACCGACAGUGGUCUUGUCGAUGGGAUCAUCCAUGGGCAAUUUUAGUCCCUCGAAUGCUGCGGAAUUUCUUGGUGGUUUUUCCAAGCUAUUGAGCCCAUCCGAUUUCAUGCUUAUCGGAUUGGAUGCAUGCAAGAACCCAGAGAAAGUGUUCAAGGCCUAUAACGAUUCCAAAGGCAUUACUCGCCAAUUCUAUGAGAAUGGGCUCCUUCAUGCCAAUACGGUUCUUGGCUUCGAGGCCUUCAAGCCUAACGAAUGGGAGAUCUUGACUGAGUAUGAUACCCGUGAGGGACGGCAUCAAGCCUUUUAUGUCCCGAGAGUUGAUGUGGUCAUCAAUGGGAUCAAUAUUCCCAAGGGAGAGAAACUCAUAUUUGAAGAGGCAUGGAAGUACGGUCGCAACGAGCGGGAUGAGCUGUGGCGUAAUGCAAACCUCAUUUCCCAGGUCGAAUUUGGAAAUUUGACAGAUGAUUAUCACCUUCAUCUGCUAUCACCCGCUGCGCUUGAUGUGUCUAUGAACCCUUCGAAGUAUGCAGCCCAAUCGAUCCCGAGUAUCGACAACUUCCAGUCCCUGUGGACUGCAUGGGACCUCGCGACCAGAACCAUGGUCCCUCGCGAGGAGCUUUUUUCCAAACCGAUCAAACUCCGAAAUGAGCUGAUCUUUUAUUUUGGCCACAUCCCGACAUUUUUCGAUAUUCAUCUGACGCGGGCUUUGCAGGAGGAGCCUACUGAACCGAGUCAUUAUAAACUGAUUUUUGAGCGCGGCAUUGACCCGGACGUCGAAGAUCCACAGCAAUGCCACCCCCACAGCGAAAUACCUGAGGAGUGGCCGCCACUAGACGAGAUUCUGGACUACCAAGAUAGAGUGCGGAAUCGUGCGUUUUCAAUCCUACAAGAGGGAUGUGCGUCGCAAGACCGCGCUACUGGAGAGGCUCUUUGGAUUGGAUAUGAGCACGAAGCAAUGCAUCUCGAGACUUUCCUCUACAUGCUACUCCAGAGUGAUAAGACUCUUCCUCCCAUAGGAGUUGAUCGCCCGAAUUUUGAGCAAAUCAGUCGCCAGGCGAAGAUAAACGAAAAGCCAAACAAAUGGUUCACCAUUCCACAACAGACUAUCGAAAUUGGAUUGGAUGACUGCAACGAAGAAGUUAUGCCAAAUAAAUCUUUUGGAUGGGACAACGAGAAGCCCCAAAGAAGGGUCACUGUGCAUGCCUUUGAAGCUCAAGCGAGGCCUAUCACCAAUGGUGAAUAUGCCAAGUACAUACAGGAGGAGGGUAUUCAAACAUAUCCCGCGUCUUGGGUUUUUAACCGGGGCCAAGACAAUCCCAUUUCCAAGGGCAUCGGUUCCUCACGCGCCCAGGCCGGUUCGAGCUCCAGUCCUGCAGUAUUCUCUCUGGAGGACGUCACAGUUCGAACCGUGUUCGGGCCUGUGGCUCUUAAAGUUGCACAAGACUGGCCAUUGGUUGCUUCGUACGAUGAAGUGGCGAGCUAUGCAAAGUGCAUGCAAUGCAGGAUCCCCACCUUUGAAGAGACCAGGAGCAUAUAUCACUACUCGGACCAACUCAAAAGUGAUCGAGUCACGAAUAGCCGCAGGAAUGGGAUCAAUGGGUUUGCUAAUGGUAGCAAGCCCCACUCUACUGAUCAGACUAUUUUCCGUGAUCUCACCGGUUGCAAUGUUGGCUUUAAUAACUGGCACCCUGUUCCUGUCACACCCAAUGGGGAUCAGUUAGCCGGUCAGGGUGAAAUGGGAGGUGUUUGGGAAUGGACUAGCACACCAUUGAUGCCGCACGACGGCUUCAAAUCCAUGGACAUCUACCCCGGAUACACAUCGGACUUCUUUGAUGGAAAGCACAAUAUCGUUCUCGGGGGCUCCUGGGCUACUGUGCCUCGCAUUGCUGGCCGGACUACUUUUGUCAAUUGGUAUCAGCAUAACUACCGCUAUACAUGGGCGGGUGCACGUCUAGUUAGAGAUAUAUAG